AUGUUCUACCUACCGAUCAUUCUGAUCUGUUUUAAUCACCACCUGCUGUUGCAUACAACAUCGGCAUCAUCAUUAUUAUUUGCACUUGAUAAUGUACGAUAUUCGUUAUCUGAUCGUGUAUUAACAAUACCGAAAUUAGGUGCUCUUCGCGGCAUUUAUAUUGAUUAUGAAAACGAAUAUAAUAAAAAAUAUAAUCUUGUUAAUGUUGAAGCGUUUCUUGGUGUACAAUAUGGUUUAUAUCAUGGAAGAUUUGAACCAUCGAAAGAACGUUUUGAAUUGCAUCCAACAACAAAAGUUAAUAAACACAUCGAUUUUGGACCGGCAUGUGCACAACACAUAUGGACAAAUCACAGUGAAUUAGCACGUAUACGUACAGGAAAAUUUGCUCGAGAUUAUUAUCCAAAAUUAUUAAAAUAUAUUCAAAAACAAAAUGAACAACAAUGUCUCUAUAUGAAUAUUUAUCAACCACAAAUCAAAAAUCUAAAAGAACAACUUCCAGUGCUUCUCUUUAUACAUGGUGAUGGUUAUGACAUGGGCACUGGUGCAGCUUUUGAUGGAGCAAUAUUUGCUAGUUAUACGAAAUCAAUUGUUGUUACGAUCAACUAUCGUCUUGGCCCAUUUGGCUUCCUUUAUCUGUCACGUGAGAAUAAAGGUGAUUAUGCAUUACACGAUAUCUAUACAGCUUUGCAUUGGCUAAAAAAUUAUGUGACAAAUUUUGAUGGCGAUCCGGAUCGAAUUACGCUGUAUGGUACCGAAUCGGGAGCUGUAUUGGCGAGUCUUGUUGUUAUGCUUGAAACUGUUAAUGGUGGUACAGGAACAAUUAAACGACGUAAAUCAUUAGUUCAUCGUCUUAUAUUAAAUGAUCAAACAUUUCUUUCUCCACACAUGACAUCGAUAGUAAACGAAAUAUCAUCCUAUCAAAAAGAUAUUCUAUCUCAGUUAUCAUGUUCAACAUUAGUAUGUCUACGUAAUCAAACAUUAGUAAAAACAAAAGAUUUAGUAGAAUUAAAUACAUACUCAAAAGCUAAUGGUUAUAUUAAUUAUCUUAGUCCAUUAGAAAAUCCAUUUCCAUUUUUUAAUACUCAUAUUGAUACACGAAAUGAUCGUGUAAAUCCAUUACGCAUGAAAUUUUAUCAUCAAUCAAAUACACUUUUACCAGAAAAUCUUCAUGUAUUAUUGACAAUUUCAUCGUCAAUUCAUCAUUCAUUAUUUCACAAUAUUAAUUUUAAUAAUAGAAGUAAUUUGAUUCAAGAUCUAAUUAAUUAUGCAUAUACAAAAUGGAAUACGAAAACAAAUGAAUAUUAUUUUGAUAAAGAUUUAUUUAAUUAUCAUCAACAAAUUCUUGGACCAUUACUUAAAUAUGCAAAAUAUGUUUCAAAUGAUCGAAAUAUUCAUAUAUUAGAAAAAUAUUCAAAUAAAUAUCAAUCAGAAUUACCCUAUACAUUCGGAUAUGUUUUAGCACCGUCGAUGAGUGUUUACAAUGAUACAUAUUUAAAUGCUGAUGAGAAUGACAAAAUUGAAAGUAUAAAAAUAAUGAAUUUAUUUGCUAAUUUAAUACAUCAUGGAGAUAUAAAUAUACAAUCACCUUAUUGUCAAAAUAUGCAAUGUGAAUCAAAUGAAAAAUGGAAUCCGAUUUUUCCAGACUUUAAUUUUUUAAUUCUUAAAGAUGGUAAUUUAAGUCAAGUUCGUGGUUAUCAAACAAACGUUCAUAACCUUUUCAAUAAUAUCAUAGCAAAUAAUAGCGAAAAUCAAAUGGAUAUUAAUUUACUAAAUGCAUGGAAAACUCUCUUUGAAGUAUCAAAUAAAAUGAAUGUGUCAACGAAUACUCGUGCAACAUUGUUAAUAAAAAAAUUUUCACCAUUAUUUGAUUCAAAUAAUAAUAAUCAAAAAUAUAUAUUAAUUCUUUGUUCAAGUAUUUUCGUAUUAUUAAUUAUUAAUUUUUCGAUCUGUAUUGUUUUAUCAAAACGUGGACAAGGUUGUAGAAAACGUGAAUAUAAUUGUCUUGAUAAUCAUAAACAAUUGACUCUAGUUAAUCAAGCGGAACAACAUCCACAACGACAUGGUGGUUCAUCGCCGUCGAGUACAAAUAGUAAUGGUACAAUAACCAUCGAUUCAACGCAACAAUUAAUUGUUAAUACAAAUCCAAAUGAACAUGAACAUCAUUCGUCACCCUUAUCAUCAUUAUUAUGUACAACAACAAAUAGCAGUAUUAAUAGUACACCACCUGUUGAUGUAUUGCAUCCAAUCAAUAUAACGAAAAAAAAUGGAAUAUUAAAAUGUUCAUCGAUAAAAAAAACUAAUGUACUUGCAACAUCAUCUUUACCUGAAGCCAUUGUAUAA